UGGGGGAGGGCGUUCCGUGUGUGUCUGUGUUGUUGUUCGGCGGCGGCGGCGGCGGCGGUAAGAUGGCUGCCCACGGGGGCUCCGCGGCGUCCUCGGCGCUGAAGGGGUUAAUCCAGCAGUUCACCGCCAUCACCGGUGCAAGUGAAAGUGUAGGGAAACAUAUGCUUGAAGCCUGCAACAAUAAUCUGGAGAUGGCAGUCACUAUGUUUUUGGAUGGUGGAGGAAUCGCUGAAGAGCCCAGUACCAGUUCAGCAAGUGUCUCCACUGUCAGACCACACACAGAAGAGGAAGUCCGGGCCCCAAUUCCUCAAAAGCAAGAAAUAUUGGUGGAACCAGAACCUUUGUUUGGUGCUCCUAAAAGACGCCGUCCUGCACGUUCAAUAUUUGAUGGUUUCCGGGAUUUUCAGACUGAAACUAGUAGUUCGGCAAGAACAGGAAUUAAGAAAUGGAGGAGCAAUAGAUAAGAAACUAACUACCCUUGCAGAUCUGUUCCGGCCACCCAUUGAUUUGAUGCAUAAAGGCAGCUUUGAAACGGCCAAAGAGUGUGGCCAGAUGCAGAAUAAGUGGCUGAUGAUCAACAUUCAGAAUGUACAAGACUUUGCAUGCCAGUGCCUCAACCGUGACGUGUGGAGCAAUGAAGCUGUGAAGAAUAUUAUCCGGGAACAUUUCAUUUUCUGGCAGGUUUAUCACGACAGUGAGGAAGGUCAGAGAUACAUACAGUUUUAUAAGCUAGGGGAUUUCCCCUAUGUUUCCAUCUUGGAUCCACGGACAGGUCAGAAGCUAGUAGAGUGGCACCAGUUAGACGUGUCUUCUUUCUUGGACCAAGUAACGGGAUUUCUGGGUGAACACGGGCAACUGGAUGGACUUUCUAGCAGUCCCCCCAAAAAAUGUGCCCGUUCAGAGAGCCUUAUAGAUGCAAGUGAAGACAGCCAGCUAGAAGCUGCCAUCAGAGCCUCCUUACAAGAGACACAUUUUGAUUCCACACAGACAAAACAGGAUAGCCGCUCAGAUGAAGAAUCUGAAUCUGAACUUUUUUCUGGCAGUGAGGAGUUCAUAUCCGUUUGUGGCUCUGAUGAAGAGGAGGAGGUAGAGAAUCUUGCCAAGUCUAGAAAGUCUCCCCACAAAGAUUUGGGGCAUAGAAAAGAGGAGAACAGAAGGUCACUGACUGAGCCCCCUGCCAGAACUGAGCCUGGAACAGCCACAAACCACCAAGGAUUGCCAGCCGUGGAUUCAGAAAUACUGGAGAUGUCACCUGAAAAAUCAGAUGGAAUAGUGGAAGGCAUUGAUGUAAAUGGACCAAAAGCACAGCUGAUGUUGCGGUAUCCAGAUGGAAAAAGGGAACAAAUCACUCUUCCAGAGCAAGCUAAACUGCUAGCUUUGGUGAAGCAUGUCCAGUCUAAAGGAUAUCCAAAUGAACGUUUUGAACUUCUCACCAACUUCCCUCGAAGGAAACUCUCUCAUCUGGACUAUGAUAUUACAUUACAAGAGGCCGGCCUUUGUCCUCAAGAGACUGUCUUUGUACAGGAAAGAAAUUAACAUCAUGGCCUGACCUCUCUCAGCUCACCCCAUUUUUUCCCUUUCUCUGUGAGAUACCAUGUCACUGAGUAUGCAUUUGGCUCAUUGGACCGUAGAGCCAAAGUUGGGCAAGCAAGUCACCUGCCUUCUCUUUUAUUUCUUGUUCUGUCCUGUAAUCAGUCUCACUCCCACCCCUUUUAUUCUCUCCUCUCCCAUUUUUCUUUUUCCUACUUUCCCCUCUCUUUCUUACCUAAUCUGGUGACCAAAUGGAAGUGUUAGGAUAAGACCUCCUAGUACUGGCAGCAGGAAAUGUGUUCCAAUAAGUGGUCUCUUUCACGGCACUUUUUGGGGAUCAAAUGAUAAUGUUACUCCUCAGACUCGUUUGGUAAAGGAAUGGCUAGAUUCAGAGUAAGAACAGCCUCCCUUUUUUGUAAGCCCCAUGUUUAGUAGGGAGAAGAAAUUCUGUAACACGUGUUUUGUUUUUUGUUUUGUUUUGUUUUGUUAUUCAUGUAGGAAAUAUCACGAAACAAAGUGUCCAGGCUUUUGUUUACAUGAAAAAAGCAUCCUUUAUAAUUAUUGCUCAUAUAUUUAAAUUUGUUUUUCAGAGGAUUCCCAUCUUCCCAGCUAGAAUUAUUUCCAUGAUAUGUGUUAUUGACAGAAAGAAUGUUAAAUUAGGGUGAGUAGCAUGGGGUGGCUUUCAAUAUCCUAGCCUUGAGACAGCUUGCUUUAUGAAUCUAUAAACUAUCUUGAUCCUGCUAGUCCUGGAAUGGACAUUUCGUGAGCAUAUUGUGGUGACUGGGGUAGGAAGAUGCUCGCUGUUUUUGCCCAUACAGCAUAUUAGUUCCUUUGGCCCUUCCAUUGUUUGGGUCCACAAGUGAUCUAUAGAAAGGCAGGUGUUCAAUAAUCAUGAGGACAAUGGCUUGUAGUUGUAACCACGAUGGCUAUUGAUUGUGUAUGUGCUUUAAGGCAUACUUAAUGUACGCCCCUGGGGAAAAAGGAAAGAUGCAGCUGAGAGUUGCUAACCAUAUUCAUUUGGUUAGAAAUAAUGAUUCAUUUUUUGCCCUUGGUUGGAACCGUCUCUAAAAGGCUCUGGUGACUGAAUGAGCUUAAUUCCUCAUGCUGUUUCUUGUAAAAGGCAUAAAACUGAAAACCUCUCUAAGGGGAAGACCUUUAAAAUCAAUUCAUAAGACAGCGUUGAGUAAGGGAGGUGGGGAAGAGUACCAGUAAUCUUCAGAUGUGGGUUUGUUCUGCCAACAAAAGCCACGUCCAAGUUGUAGCUGAUGAACGCUUUUUUCAGUGUUAUUUAGAAGAGGCCAUCUUGAAUCUAUAUAAUACGAUUUGACUUAUCAGCGUCACAUUUUGCUCAAUUCUUAUUUUGAGCUUUAGAGUCCUCUGAAGGGACAUCAGUAAUUCUGGUGGCAGAAUCAGACCUUUGACUUGUUAUAAAACCAUAAUACAGAAUGAACCUAUUUUGUCAGUUGGGGUUUAGGUUGAUUGGUUCUUGUGCUUGAGGAACAUAAAUUCCAUGGCUCAGAGACCUUUAGGCUCCCAUCUGCUUUAAGAUCGCUCUCUUGGCAACUAGGGGAGUAAAAAAAAAAAAGGUGCUUGUGUGUUGCUAGAACACAAUUAGAGAGUACGGUUUCUAAUGGUUGGACUUUGAGGGACCCUCCCUAAAGAAUGAGUUAUGUAUCUCCUCAAGGAAAUCAUGGAAAAUUCUGUUUAUUCUUCAGUGAGUCCUAUUGAAUUAAUGUUCUUACAUUUUUUUCUAAGUCUGUGUAAGUGCUUAUGUAUAAGUAUAUAAUUGUAUAAAUAUUUAUAAAUAUAUUUAUAUAAUU